AUGACAGGACGUAUUCUUCUAUCCUUGUAUGUUGGUGAUAUGAUUAUUACAAGUGAUGAUCAUGAUGGUAUUAAAUCAUUGAAGUCUGAGUUGGCACAUUCAUUCGUUAUAAAAGAUUUGGGCAUGCUAUGUUAUUUUUUAGGAAUUAAAGUAGCUUAUUCUCCAAAAGGUUAUCUCUUAUCUCAAUCUAAGUAUAUUGCUGAUUUGUUUGAGCGUGCUCGACUAACCGACAAUCGAAUUGUUGAUACACCCCUUGAGACCAAUGCUAAAUAUUUUAUGUCCGAUGGCACUCCUUUGGAGGAUUCUUGUCUUUAUCGUAUCGUUGUUGGCAGCUUGAUUUAUCUUACUAUAACUCGCCCAGACAUUGCGCUUGUAGUUCAUGUGGUUAAUCAGUUUGUUAUUGCCCCUACUAGAGUUCAUUGGGCUGUUGUUCUUCGUAUUCUCAAGUAUCUUCGGGGCACUCAAUUUCAUAGUCUCAUGUUUCCUAUCACAUCUUCAUUAGAGUUGCGCGCCUACUCUAAUGCAGAGUGGGCUGGUGAUUCUAUAAACCGCAAGUCGACCAUUAGAUAUUGUAUUUUCCUCGGUGAUUCGCUUAUUUCGCGGAAGAGCAAGAAAUAA